AUGGGGUCCUCACGCGCCUCGACUCCCGCGUCUGGCCGCGAGUCACCAGAGCCAUUGACCCCACGCUCCAAGAUCAAAGCCCUCCUCGCAGCUGUGGACAACAGUGACGAUGAGGCAUCCGGCCCCCAGAUUUCGAAAAUCCUCCAAGGACCUUUCUCAAAACCCAACAAUCUGGGCAGCACACAGGAAACAGACGCCACCGACGAAGAGUCUGAUGAAGAAAUCAGACCCAGGGGCAGACUAGCAGCUCGGAUGCAUGCUGCAGCUGCUCCUACCGAAAAACACAAGCCAGCUACUGAAACCCGAGACCAGCCCGAAUCGAACGUUCAAGAGGACAUCGAGAUGACACAACCCCAGGGAAAUGACGAGGACGAAGACGAUAUUCUACCCGUAGCUCCACGACGGCUAGUUCGUCGCACAGCUCAGGACGGGGUGGCCGAGACAGAAGAUGCUCCUGCUCCGCGUUCCCCAAGCCCCGGUCUAUUCGUAUCUUCCCCGGCACGACCAUCCCCUACCAAGAGCCAAGGCAAUGUAUCGGAUACCGAGGAAUUUCUACCAGCUCUCAAAUCCGAUCGUUUCAAGGCCCUUGUAGAACGCAAGAAGCAAGAGCGCCGUGCUCGCGAAGCUGCUGAGGAGGAACGCAAUGCAGAGCGCCGAGCCAUGCAAGAGAAGCUUGCCUCAGAACUUGAACAGCUCGACUCAGACCACAGCAACGUUUCAGAUAUCGAAGAUGACGAAGGUGGACUGAAACUGACACAGGGCGCCCGGCCGACGAGAAAAGCAAGCAAAAAGGCUGUGGAGGAUAUGAAUCGUGAGACACAGCGUAUGGCCAGAAAUAUGCAAUUGGCCCACGAAGCGAAGACCAGGAAGAAGAUUUCUAAGUCCAGCCUCUUUGAGCGAUUCAACUUCCGACCCGCCGGUGCUCCAGCACCAAAGAUAGCGAGCUCAAGCCGUCCGACGACACCCCCAACAGAUGCGGAAAAGCAAAACAGCGAUACCCCUCCAAGUUCGCCCCCUGUUGGUGAGAAGGAACUAGAGGUUGUUCAAACAACAGCCACCAGUGAGAUUUCUCCCGCAGCGGAGGAAGAAACCUCAGCAUUGGAUAAGGGAAAGGGCAAAGAAGUCUUGCCCCCCAAGGUUGAACAGCCUAUCGCUCCUCCCAAGCGCAAUGUUCGCGUCAAGAUGCCACCUCAGGCUGUGAACUUGCUUACCUUCGACUCCGAUGACGAGCUAGAGAUCACCGACUUGAAGCGGGGGAAAGUUGAUGCAGUCUUCAACAAUGUUCCUAAACAGACCACUGUGGCAUCUCACUCCAUGCAGGCUUUACGUGCUCUUGCUCAGCUCAGAUCUCCUGGGAAGGACGUUCGACGAAAGAAGAAGGCCUCGGAUAUGAGUGUCGGCGAACUUCAGUUUAACCUUCAUCAAAAGGCUCGACAACAGGCCAAGGUGGAACGUGAGAAGCGCAUGGAAAUGCUCAAGGCUCAGGGUAUUGUCGUUCAGACUGCCGAAGAGCGCGAGCGCCAAAUGCAAGAAGUCGAGGACAUCGUAGCGAAAGCGAGGGAAGAAGCCGAACAGAUCAUGGCUCAGGAGCGUGAAGAGGCCAAGAAGAACAAGGGCGAAAACGAUGACCCAUUGGAUUGGGAUGAGAGUGAUGAUGAGGAAUACCAAGCAUCCGUUGAUGAAGGGGAAGAGCUUGCCGAUGUCGAGCUCUCUGGGUCGGAGGAGGAGAACGGCGAAAGCGAUGAGGGCGAAGAUAUGGAGGCUGCAGGCGAAUCAUUAGUUGAGGGACUGGCAGCUGAAGAUGGUGAAUCGGGAGAUGAAACCAUCGAACAGUCGGAUGAUGGCAUGGAAGAUGCUACCAUGGCGGACGAUGACGACGGCUUACCAACGUCAAGCAAACGAAGAUCCCGCAAGCAGGUCAUGAUAGUCUCGGAUGAUGAUGAGGAUGAUGAGGCGGAUCCAGAGGCUACGCCCAGACCAAAAGCGACAUCACAAGCAACACCACGACCCAAAUCAAUUCCGCAAGCCACUCCAAACACUAAAGGUUCGACCACUCCUGGCUCUGUUCUUCGUUCAGCCAGGAAGAACUUCAUCCCUGGUCUCCCCGUCAAGGGUCCUGCUGGCCUGGGUCUCACUCAAAUCUUCGCAGGAACCAUGGAUGACAGCCAAAUGUCACCAACCAAUGGGCCUACUCAAUCCAUGAUGCCUGACUUUGAUAACUUCCCCAACUCCAAUUUCUCUGCCACAAUGGACGAGCCUGCGGACAUCAUGACACAGACUCAAAAUCCUGAGACCCAGGGCAUCCAAUUAAACCUUUCCCAGUCUCAGAUGCGAGGUCUUGACAGUUUGCUGCGCGAAGUGCCAGCUACGCAAUAUUCAGAAAUGAUGGAGCCCUCUCAGGACGGUGGAUUCCAAGACCAUACGCCCUUGAAGGAUCGAUUCAUUGAUGCCCCCCACUCCACAGUUGAAACAGUCGUUGCGAACCCAGAUGACAUUAUGAACGGGUCGCCUAUGAUUCGCCGAGGUAGACUACGACGCAAGAUGGAAAGUGUGGCCGAAGUAGAUGAGGUUCCUCCAACAGCACCCGAGACAGAGGAAGCAGUUUCGAACGCUUUUGGUGCCAUGUUGGACGGUGCAAAGAAGGCCAGGAAGCAAAAGCUCGCCGAUGAAUUCAACAAAAAGAAGAGCAAGGCCAAGGAGAUGGUGGAGGAGCAGGCUGAAGAAUCCGAGGACGAGUACCGCGGCCUGGGUGGUGCUGAUGGUGAAGACAGCGACGAUGAAUCAGUGGCAUCCGUGAAGGAGAUGAUUGAUGAUGCGGCUGGCAACGACCUGGACGAGAGCAAGCUUGCGGCCUAUUAUGCUGAUCAAGCACGAGCCAGUGAUGAAAAGCAGGUCGAGAAGCUUUUCAAGGAUAUCACGAGUGGUAUGCUGCGCCGCAAACGUGGUGCCGACUACGAUCUAUCCGACUCCGACGAUGGUGGUGAGGCUCGCAGAAAGAUGAAGCGUCGCCAAUUCGCCAAAAUGCAGAAGGCUCUGUUCGCUGAUGAGCGAGUGAAGAAGAUGGCCGAGAAUCCAGGUAACCAGGCAUUCCUCCGCACCAUUGAGGAUCACGGCAGCGAUGAGGAGAUGGAUUUCCUCGAUGUCACCGAGGAACCCAGGGAGUCUCCCGAAUCACAGUCACAAGAAGAGCAAAGCGAGAAGUUCCAGGUUGUGCCUGAUAGCCAGCCACGGUCUGUCUUGGGGAGUGCUCCCUCGAACAGACCCCCGGCUCACAUGCGACGAACCAAGGCUGGAAGGAAGCCCACCAAUAUCGGUGAGGUGCGUGAAACGUUGUCCAGUCUGCUCGAAGACGGCCGAGAGAUGUCAAUCAUCCCUGCGACAGAAGCUGGCUCGGACAGCGAGAAUGAGGAUGUGGAACCAACUCCUUCAGCGCGGAGUGACAAGGAGAACCGCGCACCAAACCCUCGCCGCCGAGGUGCGGCCGUGGUCGAUCGCAUUAGCCUCAAGCGCAACUCAUCGUCAAUGAUGAGCGACUCGGGGUCGCGAAUGGCGUUUGCGGUGCAGAACUCGUCGUCGUCAUUCAAGGUGCCCGCUUUACUGCGUCGUGCGACUACCAACUCACUCCAGUCAACAUCUGCAAGCAGCUCUGGUGCCUCGACGCCCACUAUGGGCGGCAGCAGCGCCAGCGGUUUUGGCAAUGAAGCCAAAAUCAAGAAGACGGCCAGCAAGAAGAGUGGCAUUAACGCCUUUGCCAGGGAGACGGAAAGGCGGGCAAAGAUUCAAGAAAACGAACGAAGGAGGCAGGAGAAGAAGGCCCGAGGGGCGGAGAACAGGCUUGGAGUGGUGGGCGGCCUGCUUGGAAAGAAUGCAUUUCAAUGA